AUGUUAAUUUCAGCGCUGCGAUCAUCUCUCACGUCGGAGGAGUUGGAAACGUUUAACAAUGCCCUUAGACGUGAACCUAGCAGAGAUGUGGACGAGAUUGAGGACAGUCCAGCUGCGGGGAUGUCGGGCAGAGAGCGAGAACGAGCAAAAACAGAGGAAGGGCAAGAGUCGCAAAGCUGGUUAAGCCUCAUCUAUGACGUGCCUCCUCUCUCUACAUUUUUGAUGGGCAGCUACUGGAAUGACAAGCGUUUUCUCAGGCAAAGGUAG